AUUUCUGAGGCUGGGCCCUCUGCUUAUGAGGAACGCACUGUGGCCCCCUCUAAACUUGUCCUCAUCACAGGCACGGCCUGGGCACGGUCCUAGUGGACCUCCCUUAGGAGAUAUUCUGGAUGUCGUCACUAGGAUGGCAACAGAGCUUGUCCCUGACUUCGCUCCCUCUCCCGAGAGCCACUCACGACUAUUGAAGAACAACACCAGUGAGAGAAUCCCGGAACAGGGGAGUGGGGCCGAGGCACCGCCUGCACCUCAGAGACCAGGCCAUCCCGCAGCAACAGGGGAACUACGAACCUACGUGUCCACUGAUGGUUGACGUCUUCAAUCAGGAUGACGGAAAGCAGCCUGAAGAAUGUUCUCGUGGUUUCGUUUGGAUUUCUGCUUCUCUUUACGGCCUAUGGAGGUCUGCAGAGUCUGCAGAGCAGCCUGUAUGGCGAGGAAGGGCUGGGGGUGACGGCGCUCAGCACGCUGUACGGCGGGAUGCUCCUGUCCUCCAUGUUCCUCCCACCGCUCCUGAUUAAGAGGUUCGGCUGCAAGUGGACCAUCGUCAUCUCCAUGUGCUGCUACGUGGCCUUCUCCCUGGGCAACUUCUACGCCAGCUGGUUCACCUUGGUUCCGACCUCCAUACUGCUGGGUCUGGGAGCAGCUCCGCUGUGGUCUGCUCAGGGCACGUACCUCACCAUCAUGGGAAACACACAAGCAGAGAAGGCGGGGAAAGUUGGCAGAGACGUGGUGAACCAGUAUUUCGGCACCUUCUUUCUCAUCUUCCAGUCGUCCGGGGUGUGGGGCAACCUGAUCUCAUCUCUGGUGUUUGGCCAGACACCCAGUCAAGAGGCCAUCCCAGAGGAGCAGCUCCUGUCUUGUGGGGCCAGUGACUGUCUGAUGGCCACAGCGUCCACCAACAGCACCCAGCGACCCUCGCAGACGCUGAUCUACACCCUGCUGGGCAUCUACACGGGGAGCGGCGUCCUGGCCGUCCUGCUCGUGGCCGUGUUUCUGGAACCCAUCAAAGACGCGCAGAGGAAACGCGAAGGAGACGAGGGGCCGCCUUUCUGGUCCACCCUGCUGUCGACCUUCAGGCUCCUUGGAGACAAGCGCCUGCGUCUCCUGGUGCUGCUGCCCAUGUACAGCGGGUUCGAGCAGGCCUUCCUCGCGGGCGACUACACCCGGUCCUACGUCACCUGCGCCCUGGGGAUCCGGUUUGUUGGUUACGUGAUGAUCUGCUUCUCGGCCACCAACUCGCUGUGCUCUGUGUUGUACGGAAGGCUCUCCCAGAAGACGGGCAGAGCCACCCUCUACGCGCUAGGUGCGGUGACCCACCUGUGCUGCAUAAUCGCCCUCCUGCUGUGGGAGCCUCACCCCCACCAGCUGGCCGUGUUCUUCGUGUUUUCUGGCCUCUGGGGCGUGUCCGACGCCGUCUGGCAGACGCAGAACAACGCUCUUUACGGCGUUCUGUUUGAGAAGAACAAGGAGGCGGCCUUUGCCAACUACCGCCUGUGGGAAUCGCUAGGCUUCGUCAUCGCCUUUGGAUACAGCACGUUUUUGUGUGUCAACGUCAAACUCUACAUCCUGCUGGGGGUCCUGAGUCUGGCCAUGCUGGCCUACGGGACCGUGGAGUAUCUGGAGGCCAAGAAGGCGGCCAGGCCAGCCGCUGCGGAGCAGGCAAAGCCAGCAGAGGGGGAGGAAACGGAGACAGCCAUGUGAAAGGGACGCGCACCAGGCCCGGGAGCCCCGCGUCCCCAGGAGAUCUCCAUCUGAAGUGCCUCAGACUUUGUAACCGAUUCUUCUCAACUACGGCGGCGACACUGAGCCGUCCUGAAGACAUCACACCGUCACAUGGUUUUGGGUGAUUUUUUUUUUUCUAUUCUAAUAAGCGUUCCAUCCACCCUGUCGCUCGCAGAGAUCGAGAGGGAACGUGAAGGGAUCCAUUCAGCUCACAAAGGAAGAAAGUCGGGUGUAUCAUCAGCCGACGGGAACUUGCUUAGAUACAACAAGUAUCUGUACUUGCUUCUGUCGUACUCGCUGUUGUGGUCGUUCGUGAGAAUUGGAAGGAUGUGGACGUAGGGAGUCCAACACCGUCGUUCUACAAAUGGGUAAACUGCUGUCCAGGCAAGCCCGCCGACUCCCUCCCGGAGUCAGUGAGCGACAAAGCCAGGCAAGAGUUCACAUCUCUUGAAGCUUAUAGACGAUGAGUUUCUAAAUAAACGCAACUACAUCAUGGACUUA